CCACCUGGAUCAUGAAAUACCCUAAUCCCCUCAAGUUAAUACGAAAUUGUUUGCAUAUACAAUAAAUUCCGCAACUGCUUCCGCCUACCUAUCAAUAUUUCUUACGAUUCUAGGCACCAACCCCACACCCCCCCGCCCGGUCCCUCCACCCACCCAAUCUCCAUUCGGGAAGUUGUAUAUAUCUUCAUUUGCUUGCUCGUUUGCACAACCAACAUGCAAUAAAUUAGCAAAAAAAUCCAAGCCUUUUUGUUGUAUUUGUCUUUGAGUACCGUUUCAUUCUUCUAGAAAUUAACUCCCAUCAAAAGAUCCGUCACCCAUGGCGGAGUGUAUAUUGGAACAGCUCAAAUCCCAGCCCACAUGGCUUCUUCCGCUACUGGCACUCGGGUUUUUAUUGCUAUUCAAAUGCUCAUUCACCAUCCUGAAUUGGGUUUACGUGAAUUUUCUCCGACCCGGGAAGAAUCUCAAGAAAUACGGAUCUUGGGCUCUGGUCACCGGGCCUACUGACGGCAUAGGCAAAGCCUUUGCUUUUCAGUUGGCCCGGAAAGGGCUGAACCUGGUUCUUGUGGGUCGGAACCCGGAUAAGCUCCGGGAAGUUUCGGACUCAAUCAAGUCCAAACACGGAUCCACCCAGAUCAAGACUGUGGUAGUUGAUUUUUCGGGUGAUUUGAAUGAUGGAGUAGGAAGAAUUAAAGAGACAAUUGAAGGACUGGAUAUUGGGAUUUUAAUUAACAAUGCUGGGAUUUCUUAUCCUUAUGCAAGGUUUUUCCAUGAAUUAGAUGAAAAAUUGUUAAAUGAUUUGAUUAAGGUUAAUGUUGAGGGCACUACGAAGGUUACUCAAGCUGUUUUACCUGGGAUGCUGGAGAGGAAAAAGGGGGCUAUCGUUAAUAUAGGGUCCGGUGCUGCCAUGGUUAUCCCUUCUGAUCCCCUUUAUGCUGUUUAUGCUGCCACCAAAGCAUAUAUUGAUCAGUUCUCAAGAUGCCUCUAUGUGGAGUACAAGAAAAGUGGGAUUGACGUGCAGUGUCAGGUCCCCUUGUACGUGGCAACAAAAAUGGCAUCCAUAAAACGUUCCUCCUUCUUCGUACCAUCGACAGAUGGCUAUGCUCGGGCUGCCCUUCGUUGGAUAGGCUACGAACCACGAUGCACACCGUACUGGCCUCACUCUCUUCUCUGGGGUUUGCUAUAUUCGUUGCCAGAGUCUGUUGUCGAUGCUUGGCGUCUGAAGUUCUGCCUUGGGAUUAGGAAGAGGGGACAACUCAAGGACUCGAGGAAGAAGGAAUAGAUUUCCUGUCAUAAUCUCCCAGUAUGUGUUACUUUUUCCAAGGGCCUGUUUUGUUCAGGACGAUGUUUGAGAUAUGGGAAAUUUGAGGAUUAGAGUCGAAACUCGUUGAAAGUUUCAUCUUUUAGUGCUUUAAUGUAUUCUGUCUUGUUAUGAGAUCGUACUUGAGUUCAGCAGUGUCAAUAUUCUUGUAACUUUAGUUCUGAACUUGCCUUUUUCUCCUAAAUAUGUUUCAAGCGUGCAAAUUUUCCUUUCGUGUUA